AAGAAGCGUUCACUCACUCCAGAGGAGCGCGCAGCUUUUUGAGGGAACCAGUGGUGGUGUGGGGGAAAAAAAUCCAGUCAGCGUUUUGUAGCACUUUCAGAUGAUUUAUUCUACCUCGUUAGAGAUAUUGGCAUAGCUGACAGCUGAUUUUCCGACAGUUUAAGGGAUGUUUUAGGGACACUUUGUAUCCAAGGGGCAAUUGGAGCGGCAAGUCUGAGCCUUUAUAAUGCGGAGAGAUCAAGUCUCAGUAGUUUGUCGGUAUGAACGCAGCGCAGACGGACCCUGAGUAACCUCUUUCAUGGAUUGACUGAUUGAUUGCUUGGCCUUUGAUUUUUGAUUUUUUUCAAUAACAAAGAUUUUUUUUUUCUGUGUCGUGGUUAGUCUGUUAUUUCCCCACAAAACGUGGAUUAUUGUUGGGAGUCGAGGAUUUUUUUUUGGAGGUGCGUCUUACUGAGGAUAUCUUUAUUUUAUAUCUUUUUUUUUUUUUUUUAGCCUACACCUUGGUCAAGGAUCCGGAAAGGGGAAUUAACCUUUCACAAGGUGGAAAUAUUAGUCUUAUUGGACCCCAACUCAUCUCCCUUGCCUCUAAGUCCAAUAUGAAGUCUCUCACUGUGUGGAUGUGGUUUUACAUCUUCCGUCUGCUCUUAGAUGAGGCAGCGAGCUCCUGGGAUGGUCCCUCAGCUUUGUCUGUGUCCUUGGCCAGUGGUUCUCCAGGAUCUCCAAGCCCCGGGUCUGGGCCAGGAGCUCAGCCAGAAUGGGUAGACUGCAUCCAGGCGAGCGACAUGUGCAACCAGGACCCUUACUGCAGCUCUCGGUACCGGGUAAUGCGCCAGUGCCUUGUGGGCAAGGAGAAAGAAGCCAUGCUGGACAACAACAGGGAGUGCCAGGCUGCCUUGGAAGUGCUGGUGGGUACUCGUCUGUAUGACUGCCGCUGCAAGAGGGGCAUGAAGAAGGAGCUGCAGUGUCUGCAGAACUACUGGACCAUCCACAUGGGGCUCAAUGAAGGUGGAGACAUGGAUGACUCUUCCCCAUAUGAACCGGUAGCACCAAACCGACACCCUGAUGCUUUCCGUUUGGCCUCCAUCUCUUCAGGGAUGCUCACAGUGGCCCCAAAAGGUUUCCACUGUCUUGAUGCUGAGAAAAACUGCAACCCCUGUCUUGAUGCGGCCAAAGCCUGCAACCUCAAUGGCAGCUGCAAGAGGCAACGCUCCGCCUACAUUGCUACCUGCAGCAAGGAGGACCCCAACAAGGGUGAAACCUGCAGCAAGAAGCGCUGCCACAAAGCACUGAGAUUGUUCCUGGACCGUGUGCCCCCAGAGUUCAGCCACCGGCUGCUCUUCUGCCCAUGCCAGACCGAAGGUUGUGCAGAACGACGCAGACAGACAAUCGUGCCAGAUUGCUCCUAUAAAGAUAAGGAGAAACCCAACUGUUUGGAGCUACGGAGGGUCUGCCGCCAGGACCCACUCUGCAGGUCAAGGCUGGCUGAUUACAAGGUGAACUGCUGGGUGACUCCGCACGCAGUGAGCACCUGUCCCAACCAAGACAAUCACCAAGCCUGCUUGGCCUCCUACGCAAGGCUCAUCGGGACAGAAAUUACUCCCAACUAUGUCGACAGCAGCUUCUCCAACUGGACCAUCUCCCCGUGGUGCACCUGUAAGGGCAGUGGAAACCAAGAAGAGGAAUGUAUAAACUUCCUGCGGUACUUCUCCGAUAAUACAUGCCUAAGAAAUGCCAUUAAGGCUUUUGGUUAUGGGAUAGACAACAUGCAGAACAAAAAUGUGUCUGUCCCAGGGCCAUCAGCGACGACGAAGACGGGGUCAGACUGGUCAACAGGCACUUCAGAAGCUCCCUUUGUCACCAUCCCAAAGUAUCCUGAACCAAGAGACGGUGGCUUGGGCAAAACCCGGGGCCUGCCAGAGGAUCACUCUGCCUGUCUGUGUGCCAACGUCUGGGCUCUGCUUCCCAGCCUGGUUUUGGCUCUGGUCCUGGCCCAGCAUGCCUUAUAGAAGUGCCAGGAGGAGAAAAAAGAGGUCAUCCACCCACAAGCUGAUCCCAAAAGCAGAAGGUGUUAUUUCUGAGACUGAUAUUAAGAAGGCUGAAUCUCUGGGCAGUUGACAUAAAUGGCAUUUAUGAAAGAGGAAAAAAACAAAAAGAGGAAAAAGGUGGAAAAUACUGAAAUUUUGCAGUUGUGAUUUUGUUGUUUAUUUAAUGUAUUGUUUUGGGCGGACCGCAACUGUGAUGAAGCACAUGGCUCCUAAAACAGACCCUUGGUAGGAGAGGCCAUGAAGGCCAUUCUCUAGGAACAACUCUCCCUCUGACUGAGACACCUGGAGAACUGAAGCUGAUUAUGUCAAGGCUCCUGAACUUUUUUCACCAAAGGAGAGAGAGAGGGAAUGAACAACAUAAUUAAAAGAAGACAGGGUUGACAGAAAAGAAAUUGAUGCAGAGAAAAUGAAUGAGCAAGAGGUAAAUGGGGUAGAGUGAAAGCGAAAAGAGAAAGCAAGAGAAAGAGACAUAUUUCUGCUAUAUCAGUCACACUUUUUUUUGUCUUGAAUUGGUUCUUGACUUAAGCUUCUCUUGGAUGAACAGACCACAAAUUUAGGGGCGGGGAAGGGGAAUGAUUACAUUCUGUCUCUUCAACACAAGUGUAAACUCUAAACUGUAAAGGCUACUCAGUGUUCUAAGUGUUGGUAUAGUAUCCGUGACCAUAAUCAAUCUACCGUACAGCUCUUUCAUUUGGGUGCUACAGUAAACUUUUUCAGCAGGCGGUGAAAAGAACUAAAGUCUGCGACAUUACCAGUUAAUGGUUCUUUGGUCAUUUGAGAUGUUGUUGUUGAUGGGUGUGCGCCAUACGUCCACCUGCACAUGUGUAUAUUUCUGUCUCUAUGUAUAUAAGCAACACUUUUAUUUCAUUCAACUGAAUUAUAUCUACAGUACCUUGAAUGGACAUUACUGUAUGCUAAGAUGGCUCUGUAUUGAGUAUUGGUACAAAUGGAAGGCCUUCAUUAUCUGCGUUUAUAUUUGUCUAUAAAGGUUUGAUCACAAAGAAUGUAUACAGAGAUGAGAUGAGAUGAGAUUAAAUGAGCUCAAACUGCUUGGAAAGCCAUAACCGGUGUGUGGGUGUAUUAUACUGUGUUCAUUGAGUGUGUGUGGACAAUUAUUGCAAUGUGUGUGCGUCUAUGUUUACAUGGAGGAGAAAAGUAGCUCAUAAGGAGCAGUUGAAAUUGCCAAUGUGGGGGUUCAUUCUGCCCCCUCAGAGAGCAGAGGUUAUGAUGCAUAGUGUAAUUAACAGCAGUUUUUUCUAAGAGUAAGGACAGCCACCAGCUUUUGAAAGUGCUUGUGACCCAGCCCUUUAACUAUAUUGUUCCUCUUUUCAUAUAAUAUUUUAAAGAUCCCUUAUUGUAGGAAUUCAAAAAUGUCUUAAAAAGCAUAAAGACUGGAAACAGGGAAAACAGCUAGCAUGGCUCUUUGUAAAUGUAACAAAAUCUCCAGGAUCAGAAUCUCCAGGACCAGGAUCUCUAAAACUCAGUAAUUAACAAGGAAUAUUUUGUUUGUUUAGUCUUAAAAUACAUUGUGAUUGUGAAUAUAUUUAUUUACCAGACAUAGCUAAAAUCUAAUUCUCAUCUGCAGUCCCUGCAGUUGAGAUUGUCUUACUUUCAACACUCAAAGGCCUCAUAUGUGCAUAGUUAUUUGCUGUAAUCAUUCACCCUGUGAUGUGAUCACUUCCUAGUGUGAUUCUACUGUAAGAAAUGGGAAAAUGCUAAAAAGAGAUCUCAUCAUGGCCAGCGUGGAUAGUGAUCAACAACCUUUUCAAUGUCGAUAUGGGUGUCAUAUUAAAAAUCUUAAAGGUUCAGUGUAUAAUAUUUAGGAUUAUCUAUUGACAGAAAUGCAACAUAAUAUACAUAACUAUGUUUUCAAUGGUGUAUAAAAAACCUACAUAAUUAACCAUUACGUUUCUAUUAUCUUAGAAUGAGCCAUUUCUAUCUACAUAAACCACAGGUCCUCUUACAUGGAUGUUGCCAUGUUGCGUUGCCAUGUUUCUACAGUAGCCCAAAUGGGCAAACCGCUCUACAGAGUGCGGUUCGUCACUACGCUGAAUACGUACAAAGAAGUAGAACAAGUAAUGUUAGUUAAAGUAAUAAAGUAGUAGCAGGAGUAGUAGUCUACUGGUUUAUUAGAAGUAAGAAAUUUGGCUAAAUGGAAGACCACAGCUAUUAUUUAGCCGACUAAGCAUGUCGGCCACCAUAGCUUCUCUUGUGUGCAUGGAAAGGGAGUGGGGAGCAGUGCAUUCAUGUGGUGUCGGAAUAACCAGAAUCUCUUAGUCCUCCUUAAAUCUGUAUUGCAAAAAAGUGUUCAUGAGACAUAAAGGAGUAUACAGAUUCAUGCAAAAUCACAUAUUGCAUAUAUAUAUUUUGUAAACAUGUAAUUUGUAAAAUGGUUAACGGUUAGUUUGCUAUGCAUGUAAAGUGAACUAGUCAUCUGCAUGUUUUUUAUACACUCUGUUAAUGCUAAUCCAACACAUCUUUGUAGUAGCAUCUUGAAUAGCAGCUUGCAAUUCGCAACUAGAUGCCACUAAAACAUACACACUGAACCUUUAACAUAUACUUUAAAAAACCUAUCCCUCCAUUUGACUGGAAAUCAUUUCACAUUGGUAAAUUUGUAGCAUUUCAACUGGAAAGUCUCAAGUGGGCAGAUUUCAUUAUUUUGAACUAGAGGAGCUGAGAUCUUCAGCCAACCAUCAGUGAGGACUUCAAAGUCAUUCAAUAUGACUGCUGAAACACAGUUAUUUUUAAAAUAUAAUGAAGAGAAUUAUAUUUGUUCUGGACUAUAGUAUAUUUCCAAACAAGAACAAGCAGACCAAAUAAUAUUGGAACUUUAUUUUAGAAUAUAUCACUAUAUUCAUACACUAAAAAUAUAAAUUUUACCCAUGAUGUAUUGCUUUUCUUUUUAAAACAUACGCCCUCUGACAUGUAUUCAAACUUUCACUGGCAUGUUUGCAAAUGAACGAUGUGUUUUUCUGUGUUUCUGCAUACAUAAAUUUUUCCUUGCAGUGAAUGAAUGUUGACUGUUACUGACGCACAAUCAGUGCUUCCACCAAAAUGUUUAUGCCUUCAGGCGGCACAUCAAGUAUAGUGUUAUGCCACAUAAAUGCAUGCUACUGAACCUAACAUCUUUAUGUUACCGGGCGAUUUAGAAAAAGGUUUACAAUCUGUCACUGGAACAGAUGUAAAACUAAACUCUGCUCAAUAUGUUAUUGUUAACUGUGGUUGCACCAUAGACAGUGCGGUCAGGCCUGGCAUAAAUUACAAUGAUUUCCUAAACUGGUGGUUAUACUGCUCUGGUCUGUUGAGAAUAUAAAAUGUCAAACACUUGAACAUAAUAUGUAUAAUUUCACAUUGUGAGCUCCACGUUCAAUACAUUUGACAGUGACACCGUG